AAUGGAUCUCCACGUCAUCUUACGUCUUAAAAAUUCUGCCUAGCGGAUACCACUACAACUCGGGUUAGAGGCACGCGCUUCUGGGAGCUAUGUUGUGGGCGUUGCAUUUAGGUCUUGCUAGCCCAAGCAAGAAUCUGCGCAGGUACAAUGAUGGAUUUUGACGAGAGGGUUUCCGUUGGCUCAAACAUGUAUCUGCCCAGCUGCACGUAUUAUGUUCCGGGGGCUGAUUUUUCCACGCUGCCCUCUUUUAUAUCCCAAAGUCCGACUUCUCGUUCCGUACCUUACUCUUAUUCCUCUAACCUGCCUCAGGUACAGCAUGUCAGAGAGGUUACGUUUCGGGACUAUUCUAUUGACGGGUCUGGUAAAUGGCCUCACCGAGGUCCACUGGCUCAGUGUUAUCCGUCGGAAGACAUACACAGGGAGUGUUUAGCAGCAACGACAACCGUUGGUGAAAUGUUUCCCAAGAAUAAUUCAACUGCAUAUUAUCACACGUCGCAUUCGAGCUCCGCGUCUAAUUUCUACGACAGUGUUGGAAGAAACGGGGUGCUGCCUCAAGCUUUUGACCAGUUUUUCGACACUGCGUUUGGAGGCUCGGACAGUGCAGCGAAAAGCGACUAUGCGGCGAGGGAUAAACAGCACUCCAGUAAACAACCGACGCCAGCCCCUGCACUGGAGCAGGAGACUGAAGGAAUGGAGCGACAGGAGCCCAGUAGUCCCGAAUCGUCUUCCGGCAACAAUGAGGAAAAGACUAGCAGUGCGAGUAGUGGAGCCAGGGUUCGCAAGAAGAGAUGUCCGUAUACUAAAUUUCAAAUCCGAGAACUUGAAAGGGAAUUCUUCUUCAGCGUGUAUAUCAACAAAGAGAAACGACUUCAGCUCUCAAGGAUGCUUAACCUUACCGAUCGCCAAGUAAAAAUUUGGUUCCAAAACCGGCGCAUGAAGGAAAAGAAACUUAAUCGGGACAGAUUACAAUACUAUAGUACAAACCAUUUGCUUUGAAAAACCAAAAGAUGCACACAACAACUGCAAAAUUACCAAAAAAAACGAGACGUGGGAUGAGUUGCAUAUUUCAAGUUCGUGACAACUGCAUACAGAAAGCAUGAAACGUAACAUUUAAGAGUUCCAUCAUUUAUGUACAGGUGUUUUGUGCUCCACAUGAUUUUUGUGUUUCAUCCAUUUUUGUUGCGGAAAGAAUACUUUAUUAGAAGGUAAAUAAUCAGGUACUCAUUUGUUUUCAGUUGUGGUGGACUACAAGAAAAAACGCAUGACGCAUAUGGGUCUGAGAAGUAAAUGUUUUAGUUUUAACACCCUAUUGGUAUGCUCUGUUAAUCGUGUGUUUUUGUGGGGAGAGGAAAGAAUUUGUGUUGACCUAAAGACUUUGGUACGACCAAGCAGACAUGAGAAUAUUGUCUUGAUUGUUCACAGUUGUCAAAUUAUUUAAUGAUUUUUCAAAUGGAUACCUACACCCUUGUUAAUCUUAGGUAAGCAAUAACAUUUUCUUCUAGUGGUUUAUGUAUUGAUCAUAUUCUGAUCAUCCAAAGAUUUACACAGACAUGCAAGAAAGAACAUUUUAACAAAUGCUGAUUGAACGGAAAACUAGAACACUCUGCCUGGAUCCCAUCUUAUACGCAUAAACAUAUUUGCCUGAUUUACAAUUGGUAAUGUGUAUACCAUUUUGUCCAGGCUAACCGUUAUUUAACUUAAAAUUAUUUUUUGUCCAUCAUCUACUCUGCACAGAAAUAUGACAAAUAUUGUGCUUGGAUUACAGCAGAAAUUGGCUGCUUGUAAUCCGGGGGAUCAUAUGUGUAACAUAAUUCCUAAAUUAAAUUAUCAAAAAGACUUUUGAAA